AUGAGUUCUGCUCCACCACCUUACAGUGAAAAAGCUUCUUCUCAACCAGCCGGUUCUUAUCAACAACGCCAACAACAACCCCAACCAAUAAUGUAUCAACUUCCAAUUAUCGUAGGUGAAUAUCCAGUUCAAUGUACAUGUCCGCAAUGUAAAGCACAAAUUGUUACACGAACUGAAAAGAAAGUUGGUCUUUUUGCUUGGUUACUCUGUGGUAUAAUGGUUCUCAUCGCUUUCUGGAUUUGUUGUUUUAUACCAUUUUGUGUUGAUGCUUGCAAAGAUACAGAACAUUAUUGUCCAAGUUGUAAUACAUUAAUUGGUGCUCACAAAAAAUUAUAA